CCAAAAGGAUGCUCGGGCACUGGUGAGGGGAGAUUUGCCUGCUGGAGGAUGGGGUGCACAGGGCUGGGCUGCCUGGCAGUGCUGGCCAUGCUCUGCAGGGCUCUUGGGGAUGCUCCCAGCAGAGGCAUCAAAUGUGGGGGAGUGCUUUCRGCACCCUCUGGCAAUUUCUCCAGCCCCAACUUCCCGGGGCUGUAUCCCUACGAGACGGAGUGCACGUGGCUCAUYGUGGUGGCCGAGGGCUCCUCCGUCCUGCUCUCCUUCAGCCACUUCGAGCUCGAGUACCACGACGCCUGCGCUUACGACUACCUGCAGGUCUACAACGGGGCUUCCCGCGACCGGGGCAACCUCCUGGGCACCUUCUGUGGCCACAGCCCCCCGCCACCCUUCUCCUCCGCCUGGCACGUCAUGGCUGUGGUUUUCCGCUCUGACCGGCACGUGGCCAAGCACGGCUUCGCCGCCGCCUACAGGAAAGACGCCUGCGGUGGGCAGCUGACGGGGCUGUCUGGGGAGAUCACCAGCCCCCGCUACCCCGAGAGCUACCCCAACGAUGCCGAGUGCCGCUGGAGCAUCGGGGGGGCCAGCGGUGGCGGUCCCCUCACCCUGGUGUUUGCUGACUUCCAGAUGGAGGGGGGCCAAGGCUGUGGCUUUGACUACGUGGCCCUUUUCGAUGGCCCCACRGUCACUGCCCCCCGGCUGGGGCGUUACUGUGGCAGCGCCCGCCCACCCCGCACCGUCUCCUCCACCCCGCACCUCCUCAUCAUCUUCAAGUCRGACUUCAACAUCGGUGGCAGGGGCUUCAAGGCCCAUUUCUACUCAGGUGAGUGCCAGGAAGUGUUCACCACCAUCAAAGGGAAUUUCUCCAGCCCUCAGUACCCCAAUUAUUACCCCAACAACCUCAAGUGCCAGUGGAGCAUCCACCUGCCCCCGGGCUACAGGAUCAAAGUGUUCUUCCUGGACAUGGAGCUGGAGGGCCGGAGCAGCCUGACGGGUGGCUGUGACUAUGAUCACUUGUCUGCCUUUGAUGGUGGCACUGAGGAUGGGUCCCUGCUGGGACGGUGGUGUGGGCGGGAGAGCCUGGCACCYGUCACCUCCCGCAGCAACCGGCUGCUCCUGGUCCUGCACACCGACCGCAACACGGCCAAGAGGGGCUUCUCCAUCUCCUACGUGGGAGUUGUGCCCAUGAACGUCAGCUGCACCCGGACAGACUUCCACAUCCAGAUCCCCRUGCAGUCCCUGGCCCAGCUGGAGAGGAACAGGAUUUAUUUGGGGAUCCCCUCCUGUGCAGCCCAGGUGGUUGGCAGGAACUUUAAAAUACACACCAGGUUCGACACGUGUGGCACCGAAUCCCAGAGGCGCAACAACACAUCUGUCGUUGUCAGCACCCUCUACAUCGAUUUUUCGGCGGGAGACCAGGAGGACAUCCACCAGUACGAGGUGCAGUGUGAGCCAAAGAGGAAGGAAGCCUCWGUGACCCUUAUUGCUGGCCCUGAUCCGUCCAGGCUCAGCCAGGCAGAAAACCUGGUGGAUGCCCAGCAGCGGGAGGGGGAAGCGAUGGACACCCGUGAAAUCAAGAGYCAGGACACCAGCGACAUCGUCUUCAUCAGCAUCUGCAUCCUGGCUGGGCUCCUCAUGGUCAUCGCAGUGGUGGGGCUGGUGCUUCUGUAGGAUGCUCCUUCCAGACUCCAGGGAUUGCAGUCCUGCCCAGGGCAGAAAUGCUCCCCAAAAUCCACCCUCAGCCCAAACAGAGACACAGCUCCCAGGCCCUGAAACUGAGCCUGAACCCAACCUCCACCUUCUCCUAGUGCCUGAAAAAUCUGGGCAAUAGGCAGCCGUUUCCCUUCCCAAUUUGUUUUCCUCUGUCUCAAUCUGUCCAUUUGGCUCGGGAAUGCAAUUCUUGUGCUCCCUAACUCUUCCCGCACCUGCUUCAAUUUGUUUUCCCUGUAGUGCUGCUGCUUUCAGGAGAGUAACGUUGUUUGCCGAUGGCUGCAAAUCUUCCUGUCAAUUAUUUCUAGCUGAAUUCUUGAAGGUACAAACCAUCCCCAAAUGGAGCUGUGUUCCYGACAAAUGUUCUCGGUGCUCCGGGCCCGUGCUUGGGGGGGACUGUGGAGCUGUGUURUGGGGAUCUCCACCUGGCACACGCAGAUGUAGCUCAUGUGGGUGCUCCCAGGUGAUGUUUUGGGUGUCUGUGGGUGAUGUGAUGAGAUGCAUUCACUGUGCCCUGGAGCUCCUCGUUUGAUCUUCUCAUGUUGUCUCACCUGAGCRCCUCAGCCACCAGCAGCUGGAGGGGAGGAGAACAAUCCUCGUCUCCUUUGUGUUUUCUUUUCUCCUUUCCAGCAUAUCCAGGUGUCCAUGGCUAUGAACUCUGUACCAGCAUCAGUCCUAUAGUUUGAAAACAUUGGGAAAAUCUGGUUUGGGGUCAUGUUGGAGCAUGGAGGUUUUGGUGACCCUGUAAAGAGAUCCUUGACAGGAGGGGCUGACUCCCCUGAGACCUCAGUGACACCAAACCUCCACUCAUGGUGCCUGCAGAAGGUGAGCUCAGCACCUGAGAGCACAAGAAUAAGAAUCCUUUGAUCAUCUGCCCCUCCAGAAAACGGGGAAUCCUCGCCAAGAGCCCUGAUGAAUGGCUGAAUAACCCCUGCCUGCCUCUCGUGCCACCCCGGCACAAAGGACAUUCCCCUUCAGCAUCUCCCGUGGGUCAGAGCCAGCGUGUGUCAAAGCCACAUGAAAUCUUGCUGUGGAAAGAGGUCACCCCUCCUCCUCCAGCCUGUGUGAAACUGCAGCGCCGGGAGAGAUCUUAAAGUGUCCCAGUGUGGUCAUUCAGGGCCACAGCAAACCGCUCGUGCUGCUGAAUGCAGCAUUUUGCAGGGACUGACUGGAGAGCCCCGCCAGUGAAAGGCUGCCCUGACUGAUGUCCUGCGUCCCUCUGGAAGCUCUGUUCACAGGGCAUCAGAGGAAUCAGCAGCAGAGGAGUAGGAUGAUGAUGGAGCAGCUUCUCCUCCCGGACUGUGAGAGUGUCUGGGAGGGAAGAAGGCGCAAAGCUGCACAUGCCUCCUGACGAGGAGCCUUCGUUAUCAGAGCCCGGAUUGAUUUGGCAUUUGUUGGUGCAACACGUCGGCAAAGCGAGAUUUCCGAGGGAAAUAUUUGCCAGCACCGUGAGGCUCCAUUAGGGCAAUGUUUUGAGAGCCUGUUGUGUGCAGAGAUGGUAAACAAGGCCAGCCCCCCCCUCGCUGCCUGCACAGCCUCGCUGCCGGUUAAUUGCUGGGUACGGAACUGUCAGCUUGAGACCACACUCACAAGAUUUGACAACUGAAAGAAAACUUAAAGAUAUAAUUAACCUUGGUGGUGGCCCAGAUUUUGCUGGAACAGGUGAGCGCUGCGGCUGCUYGUGCCUGGCAGGGAGCCCGCAGCACCCAGCAGCAUCCAGCCCUCACCGGCAGGACAGGCACCUCCUCRCCCAGCUGGAGCCUCCAGAACCCUGCAAUUUGCAGGGGAAAAGGCUUUUCUGGAUAGCUGUUGGUGUUGCACCUCCAGCCCUGCAGGGCGUUGUCCAGGAGUCAUGGAUGGGGUGAUUAGGGAUGGAGCCCAGCAAGGAACUGCCCAGCUCAUUUCAUGAAACAAACCCUUCUUCUCAUAUGAAAGCUGCUCGGAUGAGUGGCAAACAAAUAUCAAGAAUCCAUCACCAGCGCUCCUUCCCUCCACCAUGCCUGUGGUCCUCACACAUCAGGCCUCAGUUUCCCUCCUUAGCGUUUGCCCGGUGCUUCCCGAGCAAGCGGGAGAGCGGCGGGCAUGGGCAGCGCUCCCGUUGCUCAUCUGAUUAUUUAUUUAGAGCAUGAUGACUGGAUUGAGCCGGGCUGGAUGCAGCCACCCCAUUUCCUGGCUUUGCUUGUGGACGUGGAGUCGCGUUUCUCCGGAGCAGACAAAGGCUUGGCUGUUGUGCGGGAGGGAGAGCCUCUGUUAUCCCUCYGCAAACGUCUGCCUGCAAAUCCGGGGAGGAACUGUUGGAAAAUUGUAGAUCAUGGAAAACAGGACUGCAAGAGCCCCCAGGGGAUCAAUUGGUUUAUUCCUCUCCUUCCCUGGGGAAAUCGCUCCUGCUGGAGAGAAGCUGUGCUAAAAUAUCUGAAA